AUGCUCGCUCGCAGAUUCGUCACAAGCUGUUUAUCCGGGCUGGGGAGGAACACCAUUGAAGGGAGGCUAUUUCGCUCUGCCAUAAGAUGUCAGCACAACCACCCCGAGCACUCUCACUCCAUCCCCCCAGCCUCUCGCCUGGAGACCCCCUCAGCCAAGACUCUGAUGGACAUCGGCACACGGCGUAUCUUCACUGAGGACCAUGACCUGUUCAGGCAGAGUGCACGCCGCUUCUUCAGCGAGGAGGUAGUCCCUCAUCACAGCAAGUGGGAGAAGGACGGCCAGGUGAGCAGGGAGGUGUGGGAGAAGGCCGGGGAACAGGGUCUGCUGGGGCUGCUCAUCCCAGAGGAGCACGGAGGUGUCGGAGGAGACGUGUUCUACGCUGACAUCAUGUGGGAGGAGCAGAUGUACUGUAACUGCACAGGCCCCGGCUUCGGUCUCCACUCGGACAUCGUCAUGCCGUACAUCUCCAAGUACGGCUCUGAGGAGCAGAUCCGGCGCUACAUCCCUGACAUGGCGGCCGGCAGGAAGAUCAGCGCCAUCGCCAUGACUGAGCCGGGCGCGGGCAGUGAUUUACAAGGAGUGCGGACGAACGCCAGGAGAGACGGCAGCGACUGGAUCCUGAACGGGAACAAGGUGUUCAUCACAAACGGCUGGAUGGCGGACCUGGUGGUGGUGGUGGCCGUGACUGACCGCGAUGCCAAGUCUCCUGCUCACGGGAUCAGCCUCUUCCUGGUGGACAAUGGCACCAAGGGCUUCCACAAAGGCCGCAAGCUGGAAAAGAUCGGUCUAAAGGCCCAGGACACUGCAGAGCUGUUCUUCGAGGAUGUGCGUCUCCCGGCUGAGGCGCUGCUGGGAAAACUCAACAAGGGCUUUUUCUACCUCAUGAACGAGCUGCCACAGGAGCGGCUGCUGAUCGCUGGGAUGGCUUUGGCCAGUGCAGAGUUCAUGUUUGAGGAGACCAGGAGCUACGUGAUGCAGAGGAAAGCCUUCGGAAAAACCAUCGCUCAUCUGCAGACGGUGCAGCACAAACUGGCCGAGCUGAAGACUGACAUCUGUGUUGGCCGAGCGUUUGUGGACAGCUGUGUGCAGCUCCACGCAGAGGGACGUCUGGAUGCAGCUACGGCUUCUAUGGCCAAGUACUGGGCCUCUGACCUCCAGAAUAACGUGGCCACUCAGUGUGUCCAGCUCCACGGAGGCUGGGGCUACAUGUGGGAAUACCCCAUCGCUAAGGCUUUUGUCGACGCCAGAGUGCAGCCCAUCUACGGAGGAACCAACGAGAUCAUGAAAGAACUGAUCGCUCGCACCAUCGUCACUGCUAAAUAA